UGUAAAACUGAGCUGCAGUUUUGACGGAUAAACAAAUAUGACAGCUGGAUAACAGGGUACUACUGCCAACAUGGAUUCCUCAUCGCUGGACUGGACUAUUCAGAGUUCCCUGUCAUCUCUUUUCCCUCCAUUUGAAGCCACUGCUCCAACGGUCCUGAGCCAGCUUUUUCGGACCAUUGAAGAGCGUUACCAUGGAGAUGCACUUCAGUGCUUGUUGGAUUUCCUCAUUCCAGCCAAACACAUCCUAGAAAGUGUGCAACAAGCUGCCUGUGCCGAGUACUCUGAUGUGUUGUUUCGGUGUGAAGGUUGGCCACUCUGUUUGGGAGAACGUGUGGUGAUCCAGCUGGCUCCCAUUAAUCCAUUACUGUUACGUCCUGGAGACUUCUACCUACAAGUGGAGGCCUUUGGAGAACAGUCAGCCCGCAUAGUUCUCAAGAGCCUUCUUGUGCAGGAGGACCUCUUGGAACAGGAGGAUCUGGCAUUACAAGCAGGUUUUAGGGCGCAAGACGGCCCAGCCAUAGAGGAGACACCCAUCCCAGAGACAACAUACUCGUGUAUAUUUACGGAGGCUUGGUUAUAUGAAGUAAACGAGGGGCGUGAUGGUAAUAAACUACACCAGUGUGUACUUUCUUCUGAUCAUGGGAUUGUGAAGGUGCCCUGGACUGAAGUUAUCAACCCAGAAUUUCUGGACAGGCCAAAGGUUAAGAUCAAGUGUGAAACAAUCACAUCAUGCCCAUCUGCAGUGCUCAUGAAGCAAGAUAAUUAUUGUACUGAGCAGGAAGCGCAUUCAGAGUAUCCUGUGAACCUGUCGUAUUCAGAAACAGAAACCAUGAUCCCUAAGGCUAAAGAUGGAGUUGCAGUUUCAACACGAUUAACAGAAAGUAGCAACAGAUUGGUUAAAGUGGAUCCAGGAGGACAUGUGAGCAGUCUCGUGGGCAAACCUGUUGGCUGGGUUUCUCCGAACUCCUGGGACAGCAGGCGUAAUCGAGAGGUGGAAGGGGAGUAUGUAGACCUAUUAGACUUUGCCAAAGAAAAGGAAUCCCUGGGCCUUAAAGCUGCUGUUUUACCUUCAGUCCCAAUGCUUCUCAGGCCUGCUCCUCCACAUCCAAAAAGAGACGGCACCUCACGUGUUCAGGCUUUAGGAGCGAUGGACGAGCAUUGUGUUCCUUGUUUGAAAAACCAUCAGUUGUCGUAUGACCUACAGAAAGAAUUAGAAUCCAAGGGCCGGCAUCGAGAGUCUUACCUUGCAGCCAUUCGAAAUCCUGUAUGUUUUGAGAAAACAAGUGUGAUGGUACCUCUGGAUGAAACCUGGCCAGGCUUAGGAGAAGGAGAACCAGGGUAUCACUCACAAGGCCUUGACCUUGAAAUAGAUUCUUCAAGCAUUUCGCCUAAUAAUAGGUCAAUUCAACCUGGGCAAGACUUUGUGCAGGACUGUGAGGAGGAGUCAACCACUCGAGAUCAGAACAUGGUUCAAAUGAAUGUGAACCCAAAACACCAUAAACAACUAAGCACUCACACCUCUCAACAGCCAAAGCACUUUUUUACUGAAAAACUUCCAGAUGAUUCUCAUAAAAUUAUUCAGGAAUAUAGGGCAGUUAACAAACAACAAUGCCUGAUUGAAAGCACAUGGCAAGACCCCCAUCAAACCCAGACCAAUGUUCAGAAACACCCCAAAUCCCAAAACUUGCCCAAAAUGGGACUGGGGGCUUUGCCUGACCGUAGAAGCCACAGACAAAAAAUUUACGCCUACAGAUGUCAAGGUUCAGGUGUGCAACAGAUCAAUCAGUUUCAUUGUGGACCAGCAUCUCCUCAUAACCCCUUCCAACAGCCAACAGAUCAGAGACCUUUGUUUGAUUACUCACAGAACAAUCAAAACAUACAUCAAGAUCAUAAGAAUCACAUGGACCACUCACCCUUCUGUCAGAACCUGGAUAUGGGUGGAAAUUCUGCACAGGUCUUAAAACGUUUAAGUAAAAAUAGAUAUAAAACCCGCUCUGCGUCUUCACUAUCAGAGACAGCCAAAGAGUGUCUCCCGAAGGACAGACCUACCACCAGGAGUCGCAGUGAUGUCUGUCCAGAGAUUAUUUCCAUGGUGUCUGGAGUCCACGUCCAGCCAAAUAAGAAAUUCUCCGCCUUUGGAUUGGUGUCUCCAAAACUCGACAGACGGAAAGCAGCAAAAAAUGAUUUUGCCUCUUCUGGUACGUCUGAAAUUCCUUCUGAUGUACAUGGAGAAGAAACCAAAAGCCCACUAAAUAUCCUCUCAGCAGCUCAGUCACAAGUCCUCUGUCCUGGACAUGGAAGUCAGCUUACUCACCUCUCACAGGACCCCACGGUUAAGAACAUCCUCCAGCUGGGCAUCAUCUGUCUGCCAGGCGGUCGUGACAGAACAGGCCGAGCUGUGCUUGAGGUCCACGGGAAGAAGAAAGGCUGGGCGUCCUCUCUUCUCUCUCCUUUGGAGCUCUACAAACUUGUUCUCUACCUUCACUCUGUUCCCAGGCGAGAGGUGAAAGAAAUGGGAUUAACAGUUGUGAUUGACAGCCGGACUGGUUCACUACCCUCAGCGCUCUAUAAAGCCCUGGUUAUAGUGCAGGAACAGACUCCUCACGCUGUAAACAGUGUCUUGCUGUUGGUGGAUAAAGAGCAGAGUCCUCGACCAGAAAGACCACCAGGAUUACAGAUGGAUAUUGUUACUUCACUAAAAGCUCUUCACAAGCAUGUGGAUGGACAGCAGCUGACCAGUGAACUUGGAGGAACUUUUCCGUAUAAUCAUAUGGAUUGGCUACAGUUUUACCAAAAACUGUCCCUUUUCGAGCUGGAGUUGCAGGGAGCAGCACUGUUACUGCACAGGGCUAUAAAGAAACUGGACAGCAACAAGAAAAUAGACACUGCCCAGGAUGUGAAAAGCUGUAUUGAAGAACAGAAAAGCUCCAUGAAAGAGGUACUUGAAGACACACAAAUGGUCACUCUUCAGAGGGAGGGUGGUGCUAUACUGGCCAGAAUGCGAAAGGAAGAGUGUAAAUUUGUCCAGUCUGAAGACUACAGGGACUCGAUUGAGGCUAUAAUGACACUUUAUAAUCAGGUGGAGGAGGGCGUUCAUACUUUAGUGAUGAGGUCCAACCAAUCACUGCAGCAUCUGGAGCAUGUGCUUCUACUGAGAGAAACAGAGAGACAACUCAACACUAGUAUAGAGUGGUGUCAGGAGAAAACGAGAAGAUGGACGUUGGACAAUGACCUUUCAGGAGAAACUAGAGAGAGACUAGAGCAAAAACUACAGGAUCUUCAUGCUGUUCUCACUCAGGGAAAGGAGAGAAAAGAGAAAGGUAUGUCAGUGAUAAAAGAUGCAGCGAGAAGGAUUCAGGAUACUUGUUAUCCGGAGACUGACGUGUUCCACAGCAAUGUGACAAAGUUCAAAACCAGCAUAGCAGCCUUCCUGUUGCAGGCUGAACAGUGUAAAUCUGACCUGGAGGCUUUUAUCCGUCUGCAUCAUUUCUGUGAGCAGGCUUUGGCUCUAAGUGAAGAAUGCAGUUACUAUCUGAAAAACAUGGACAUGGGCUGCUGCCCAGGGAAUGCCAACAUAAUCAAGCUGCACUCCUUUCAGGAGAGAUUUAAAGCCUUUUUGCCUGAGCACUUUGCGGAGGAGAGGAGUUACGUGGUGUCUGAGAAACAUCCAAGAGAAAUACGAGUGUUGAGUGAGGCCUGGUCUGUGUGCCAACAUGUCAGGAAAAAACUUGCAGAGGCUGAAAGAAACUACAAUUCUUCAGAAUUUUCACAAAAGGGUGAAGAGGUGUUGAGGAAUACUGGAAACACACAGCAUGCUGUAGGCCAUUUUGAUUGCCAUUACAAACCUGACCGAAAACCAAUGCAGGGAGUCAGCUCACCCUUGGUGGUCUCAGAAAUUCAACAGAAAGUAUCAGAAAUGCAGAUAAAAGAGAGCCAAAUCUUCCCACUAAAGCCCCAACAUCCACCCCCAGUCCAACGAUCAAGCACAGACAAUGACUUAGCAAUGGCAAAUAAAACAGAAAUGUUUUCCCGAGAACACCACAGUGAGGCCGAUCUUACGAGCAGGGAACUUCCAAGCAGGAGUGACAGGACACCAAGGAGCCGAGCUUUAGGAAGAUCACGUAGCGAAGGUUCCUGUGUCAGAUUGGUCAAUUUUAUAUCAACCCCUUUUCCAGACAGUGAGUGCAAAAACCAUUCCCCUGGCAACCCCAAAGUGUCUCAGGGCAACCAGAAAUGUGCCGCAUGUCCUCAAGGUAGCUUGUGCUCAGACUUUUUUAACAUGCAACUAGAUUGGACACAGAUGGGUAUUAGAGACAAAGCGCUGAGCAUGGGCCCUCUGGAUGACCAGGAUUCUCAGUUGUCUCGGCAGGAGAGUUUCUGCUCCAGCGUGUCCAGCCCUAGACAGGGUUGGAUGGAGGAGGGAGAAAGGAGUGGGAUCCACCUAAACGUCUCAGACUCCCUCUCUGGAGAGCUUAGGAGUUCAGGCAGGCUUCAGGAUUCCUCAGAACUGGAGAACAGCAGUAAUGUACUUAAACUGCAGCACAUCAUAGAGGAGUUGUUGCAGACAGAGAGAGAAUACGUGAAAGCACUGGGCUACGUCAUGGAGCACUACUUUCCAGAGCUGGAGCGCCAGGAUGUCCCGCAAGACCUGAGGGGCCAGAGGGGAAGCAUCUUUGGAAACCUGGAAAAGCUCAGAGAGUUCCAUCAACACCACUUUCUUAAAGAGCUGGAACUUUGCCUAAAGGAGCCUUUUCGUGUCGGUCGUUGUUUUUUACGACAUAAAGAGAGUUUCGGUCUCUAUGCCCUCUACAGCAAAAACAAGCCUCGUUCAGACCAGCUACUAAUUAACCAUGGAAAAGAAUUCUUUAAGCAGAAACAGCAGCAGCUGGGGGAUAAGAUGGACCUGUCUUCAUACCUGCUGAAACCAGUCCAGCGCAUCAGUAAAUACAGCCUGCUUCUGCAGGACAUGCUGCAUGAGUGUGAUUCAGGGCUACGCAAAGGUUCAGAGCGAGCUGAGAUUCAGGCUGCGCUGAAGGUUAUCCAGUUCCAGCUCCGUCAUGGCAACAACCUGCUUGCCAUGGAUGACAUCCAGGAGUGUGAUGUGAAUCUGAAAGAACAAGGGCAGCUGAUUCACCAAGAUGAAUUCCUGGUGUCCUAUAGGAAGAAGAAAUGUUACCGCCAUAUAUUCCUUUUCCAAGAUCUUAUUCUCUUUAGCAAAACCAAGAAGACAGAGGUUGGGAAUGACACUUAUAUCUACAAACAGUCAUUCAAGACAUCUGACAUUGGAAUGACCCAUAACAGUGGUGACAGUGGGCUGUGCUUUGAGAUCUGGUUUCGGAGAAGAAAGUCACAUGACACGUACACAUUCCAGGCAAGAAGUGAAGAGGUGAAGGACACGUGGACCAAAGACCUGGAGAGGAUCUUGUGGGAGCAGGCUAUUCACAACAGGGACAUACGUAUGCAAGAGAGGGUGUUCAUGGGAAUUGGUAGCAGGCCUUUUAUGGACAUUAAGCCAAGUGAAGCCGCCAUUUGCGACCGUGCUGUUAACUGUGCACCAACAGGACGAGAAUGUAAAGCAACAACUUUUACUGGAAUGUCCGACACCCAGGGUGGAUUUUCUGUCUGGAGGCCAAAUUCUACCAGUUCAGCCAGUUAUGUGUCAUCUUGCAGCCAUUCAUCUUCCUCUUCCUCAGGCCGUGGCUCCGUCUCACCUGGUGCCAUGAGAUUAGAAACCCCAGCUGUUGACCGUGGAAGAUUCUCUAAUCCGGGAGGACUGGAGGAGUAUGAUUUAGAGCGGGAAAAUGGCGGACAGAAUCUUGUGGAGAGUUCAGAAUCUUCAGGAGAAAGUGUGAGUGGAUUCAGCAGUUCUGCAUACAGUUGCCAGUCUGUGAUUGUUGGCAGCAAUGAAGAACAUCUCCCAGAGGUGCCAGUCGUUGGUGGGAAUAAUCCAUGCCCGCUCAAAAGCGAGAAGAAUAAUCUGGAUCCCAAUAACAAGCCCCUUAUAACCCCUAAACCACAGAAGCAAAAAAGGGAACAACCACUAAACAUUGUUGAAGGGAAUAAUCUCAGAGAGAAAUCAACAGAGGUUUGAACUUUGAAUGCUGUUAGCACGAUGGACCUUAGACCUGAAUUUAUGCCGGUGCUUUACAGUGUCAUAAGAAAAUGCUGAGUUGCUCUGACAGUCACAGAAAGUGCUGACUUUAGGAGGGGGACUGAUUUAAGAAAGUGGUGGAUGUAUGCACAACCUUAAUAUUUAUUAACUUUAAUUGGUCUUUGUGGGAACUUGUAGUUUCUGCUAAAUCAUUGCAAUACCUUAUUUCUAACCUUUUAAAAAUGUUUGCUAAGUCUAGGAUAUUGCCAAAUUGUUGGUUUGUCAUAGGUCUGUGUCCAUCUGUGUGUAUGAGUGUGUGUGUGAUGACAAAUCAGUAAUGAUGAGACAUGUUAUACAUGUAUUUACAGGAUUAUUUUAUUUUUCUGAUGAUGUGCCUUUUUUAAGUACAGGGUGUCCCAAAAUAAACUGACAUUUUAAAUUUGCUGAGUUAGAGAUUUUUAAAUUGCUGUCAUUAGUAAAUGUCGAGGUUAAAUCAUGAAAUGGUACACAAUUGAACAACGUGUAGAAAUUGUAAAAAUUCACAUUAAAAAUGGUGAUGUGAAAUGUCUGCCAAGAUCAUGUGACUUGACGCCGUUAGACUUCUUUCUUUGGGGUUAUCUUAAGGAUAAAGUGUACACCAGCAAACCACAAUCCAUUGAGGACGUCAAAGAAGAAGUUCGACACAACAUUGCUGAAAUGUCAACGUGUCAUGGGAAGUUUCAUCAAAAGAGUGAACGUGCUGCCACGGUCAAGGGGGUCAUUUGUCAGAUGUUUUGUUUUAUACAUAACCUCCAUGUCUUUACUUUUAAAUAAAGCAAAUACAUUUGAAUGUGUUUUAUAAAAAAAUUAAAAUGUCAGUUUAUUUUGGGACACCCUAUACUAAUGCUUGCCGAAACACGCAGUGGAAGCCAAAGGUUUGAGACCAUUACUGUAAAUAUGAAAUAUGUCAUUUUAUUUCAUUUUUAUUCACUGAUUCACCCUGUUUUGGUUUCACUGGAAAACUCUUGGUGCAAAAGCAGUAACACACCACAAACAGGACACCAACCCAUCUCAGAGCUUUGGUCAUCACUCCACCUAGACCCAGGCAAUCAUGUCUGUGUAGGCGCCUGGCCGACCGAUACCACCACUGAGCUUUAAAACUUCAGAUCUCAGCUCUGGUGAGCUGACUUAAUAGACCGCUGUGCCACCAGAGCACCACAGAUCAAAUACUCAACAUAACAGUUUGAGCAAAAUCUCAAAUCUUUAAAGCAUUUACAUAGGUCUACAAUUUCGAAUUUCAUAGCAUUUAGUAUGUUCCCCCUUUUGCUGCAGGGACAUCUUGUGUUUGGGGUGGACUCGGUUUGUGGAAAAUCUGAUGGUCCAUGUUCUUCCAGCAUGAUUUCACAAUAUUCCAAAAAGCACCUUGGAACUGAAUUAUUGGCUUUCUAUGUCCUCAAGUUCCCCCAUUAAUGUUGGUUGGGUUUUAGGUCAAAUUACAGUCAGUAGUUGCAAAGCUUUAAGAUUUGGAACAAAAAAGUUGCAUUAAAUAAAACAAAAAUGUAAAAAUUAAAGCAUUUGCGCUAGUGGUCUUAGACUUUGGCUUCUACUGUAUAUAAAAAUCAUAUAAAAGAUUGCAUGAACCCUCCACAGAAAUAAAAUAAAUAUGUGAUUCUGACAGGUGGAGGUGCACAUGCACUACAAGAGCUGCCAAAAGUCUGUCCUGUUUUAUGCUUAACAUUAUUCAAAAAGAUAUGUGAGAGGUUUUUCACUCCUGGAGAGUCUAUCAAUCAAACCAAAGUGGGGCUUUUUUGUAACUGUGAAAAUAAACAUAUUCAAAGGAAGAGAAGAGCAAUAAUCAGGUAUCUGCAGGGCUUCAUUACUUUACAGACAUCGCUUGAAAAUGAUUGGCACCCCUGG